AUGGAUAUCAGCGAACCAGUAAGACGAAUGAUAGCUAUGGCAGCGCUCCUCCGUGCAUUCGACGCGCAUCCAGGCGAAGAUCAGUCCACGUGUGUUGUGCAGCACGCGCCUCCCACAUGGCUCGCACAUCAGUGUGGAGGUCACUGGGAUGCGCUUCGCGGAGUCGCUUUCUAUGACACCACUCCAAGCGACGGCAUCACUGUCUCACUUCGCGAAGCUGCGUCUAGCGACAUUAGCCGUCGCGAGCUGUGCGCUCCCGUCGGCGUUGGGGCGGCGGGCGUUGCACCAGAGCGGUCUUUUCCGAGUAUCUUGCGCUUUUUGAGAUUAUGGCAGCAGUGUAAUAGUGUCGGUUUCGCGCGCUCCUUCAGCGAAACGGCUGGUUCCAACUGCGUGCGCUCACUUGUUGACAGUGGACUGAUAUCAUGCCUCUUUACCAUUCUUGUAGGUUCUGAUGAUCACCAGGUGUUGUAUGAUAGAUCAAGGGCGUCACCUUACGAGCGCUCCAGAAACUACCGCAACGUGCUGACUGCAGGCCGCUCGACAGACAGACGCUGGACGCCGGACGCGCGUUACAUAUCCUUGUUUGGAGCAAGCGAGGUGGCACCCACUGCAGCUAUGGUAUCCUUGUACUUGGACUGGUGCAAGAAGCCAUUCUGGGCAGAUGAAUCUGCGCUUCGGUGUGUGAUCCUCUUCCAGAGAUGGCUUCUGAAGCAUGCAUAUUAAGAACCCUACGAGUUUGACCCUAAGUGGCUUUAAAUUAAUGUUCACUUUGAGAGGCAGAACUCAGAGAGAUAAUUUCAAAGAAUUAUUGUUAUAUGCAGUGAAUAACUUGCUUCAUUGUGCACAACAGUUUCUGACAUAUCUCUUUUACGCUGACAGAUUAUAAAGGGAUGAACAACGAGAGUUUUAAAAUAAUAUAAUAAUAAAUAAUAAUAAUAUUUAUUUGGCUACAAUUGGCUGAUUGCCAGGUGGUAGCCACAACCUACAGUUUACAAUAUAUGAGCAUUUAUAAUACAAAAACAUUUACUAUAU